CCAGAGUGGAGGUGGGGCCUUCUAGGGACUUAAGGACAUUAUUCUGCUACCUAAAACUGUUUCCAGACCAGGCUGUUUAAGCUAGGGAAGUACUGAAUGCCAUGAGAAGAGGAUUAGAUCAUUACAGAGGCAGGUGACAUUAUAUAGACAUCAAAUCCUUUGAAAGUCGUUUGCUAGCUAAGAAGGACAACACAAGUAAAGGAAGAGAGAGACAUUGGAAAAAACAAUUUCUACUGCAAGAACUCAAGACAUAGUGGAGCAUUUUUCAGAGAAAUAUGAAGUUUUUCUCAACUUUUGUAGUUGUGUACCUAUUCUCGGUACAUGUUUGCUGGGGGGAGUACUCUCUAUCAAAAUUUGUCUGUACCCCCAUGCCUUUGGAUAUGGACUGCCAAUCGAAUAUGCAACGUCAUAGUGCCAGUAGCAGUGGGCAUUGGGUGGGGAUGCAGGAAGAAGCCAAAGAGACCAUCCUACAUUUGCGUGAGACAGUUGUACACCAGAAAGAAACUAUCUUAGACCAGAGAGAAACAAUCAGGGAACUGACUUUGAAACUGAGCCGUUGUGAGGGUUAUCCUCAUAGUAGCAGAGGACAUGAUGAGAGUUAUGUCCAUUUGCCUGAGCAUGGACUGGACAGAGAAAAUGGCCAUGAAGAAACGCAUAGUCAUGAGACAACACAUGGGCAUGAGAGUACACAUGGGCAUGAAAGAGAACAUGGGCAAAAAAGGGAACAUGGGCAUGAAUGGGAAGAAGGUCAUGAAAGGGAGCAUGGUCAUGAGUGGGAGCAUGGUCACAAGAGAGAACAUGGACACGAAUGGGAAGACCGUCAUGAAAGAGAUUUUGGACAUGAACGAGAACAUGGGCAUGAGCGAGAGCAUGGACAUGAUAGAGAUCACAUUCAUGGACAUGAGGAUGGCCAUGGACACACAAGAGAUCAUGAUUAUCAUCAUCCCGGCCACCGGGAAUAUCGAGAGCAACCAGCCCACGAUUCAUAUCGAAAGCCCAGCUCUCCACCAAACACAAUGGAAGAUCCUCCACAGGUGACACCACCUGGGAUUCAUCAAAUGGAACGAAUGCUAGAGUCAUUAAAAGAGAGACUAGAACACCUGCAGGUAAGUGCUAUAAUACUAGCUUCUCAUUUUUACAAAUUUUUAUAAUAUUUUAUUUCUAAAAGAAAUAUUGUUUGACUACAACUUCCAUACUUCUCUGUCAAUAUUUGGUUAACAGAGAAUUAUGGGAUUGGUAUAAAGAGUUAGGCAACAACAGCCAACAAUUGGAGUCAUGCCUACCUUGAAUGAAUAAUUAAAACACAUUUGCAUUAAAGCUCAAUAAAUAUUGCUCUGUUUCAAGAUAUAUCAGUUAGUGUUUUUUCAUUAUGAUCUGCAACUGGAUUAUAGGAGAUGACUGUGAAUGGAGGUAUAGGAGGCGAGACAACUGUUGAGUAUGUAGGCUACAUUAUUUAAUAAUUUGAUACUAGUUUGCUGGAACAAUCUUCUUUAAUUAAGUAUAUUAACGUGAUACUAUGUUUCAGUUGUGGUAUCUUAUGGCAAGUGUAAGAGAGGAGUCCUGAAUGUUAAUGUGUCAUAAAAACAUGUUCUAAGUAUAAUACCAAGUAGCUAUAAUUUGAUAAUACUCACUGAGCAUGAUCUAUGUUAGUGAUGGCACACCAUAUUUUCUGAAACUACAUGUCCCAUGAUGCUCAGCAAGCCAUGAGAAUUGUUUCAACACAUCUGAGGUGCCUUGGUCAUCCAUACUUGCCCUACUUGAUCUCAAAAUAAGACUAACUGGUUAAUAGUGAACUCUUUUCUACUUGUUCCUUUGUAAUUUAUUUAUUCAUUAAUAGAAUGAAAAGUAUACUUGAGUUUUUUUAACUUGUAGUCUUGAGGUUCUAACACAAAAACAUGCAUUUCUUUGACACAAUUGAUGUUCAGUCUGGCAAGACAAGACACGUAUUUACUCAGGAACUCUCAAUAGACAGUCAAUACAAACUCAACCCCUUGUGUUCUCCAACCAGUUUUUAACAAAGUGCGUAUCUGUUUUUGGGCAAAGGAAAAACUACACACCAGUAGCCUGCAAGCACAGAAUUUACAGAUGUCCUUGAAAAAUAAUUAAUAAACCCAUUUGCAUUCUGGAUACAGUGUGAGAGCUGUUAAAUAAAUAAUAUCAAAGCCCUCGGGUUAUCAAUACAAUGUUGGCCAAUGCCAGAUCUUAAGGGCUAGCAUCAUACUGUGCUUAGGGAUAUCUCUAUCCUUAAGCUGAGAUGCAUUAACUGCAACAACUGAACUACUAAUAUACUGCUGUAUUAAUGAGGAGUUAGGUCAUUUUGACUAGAGGAAAUCUGUGCUCAAGCAGAGAUUACAUUGAAACCUGACUUUACAUAAAUUUCCAAAAAUAUCUCCAUAUACUGGACAUUGCCACAUACAUGCUAACAAUGCCUGCCUACAUGUGCACACAAUACUAUAACGUUACUGGGCUAUAUGGAACCAUUUCUAUAUGUGCAUUUUAAUAGGAUAUUUAGCCAAAAAUUUAACAUCUCUGCAUGCAUCAUUUCUAAUGCGGCAUCGCAUAAACUGCACAUUGCUGCCAUAAAUGUAUUGCCGUGCAUUACAUAUAACAACGUCUUCCCUGCAGAUAUGAAAUGGGUAUUGCAGGCACAUAUAAAAUGUUUUCAACAUGCAAAAUAAUAAUUAAUAAUAAUAAUGAUAAUAAUAUAAAUAAUAUAAUAUAAUAUGCAGACAGAUAUGUUUUUUGCAUGUAUUUCUGUGUGUGUGUAUUGUGAUAAUGCAUGUAGGAUGUAAAUGAACAUGUAUUGUGUGAGUGGAUAAAUUUGUGCAUGUGUGUAUUUCUGUGUGAAUGCAUAAUUUUAUGCAUGCCGUGUGUAUGUUUGUGUAAAUGCAUUGUAAGUAAUUCAUAAUUAGUUACUUGUUUGUAUGUCAAAGCAAGGUGUUUGUGUGAGAAUGCAUGACGAAAGUGUUUGAAUCCAUGAAUGUAACAAGUACAGUUUGGAAUGCACUCAUUGACAUGGUUCUGUUGUCUAGUGUCCCCAGGCACUGACCCCCAUUUCAUUGUUAAAACAUUUUCAAACAUUUUAAUAGUGAAUCAGGAUGCCUGGGUAUCUGCACCCCAGUCGCUCACUAAAGGAACAACUGAGAGUUAUACUCCACCUUACACCAUACCAAAUCACACCAGCAAUUGCAGACAGUGAUAGGCUCAGAGUUUUAUUUUGGGCUUACACCUUUAGGCAUGUGUCUAUUCUGAAUAUUGGUUUAGUCCAUAUGGCUCAUGUUUUACCUGUUUUGUCUCUCCUCAUUGCCUAACUAUUUAUGCAAUAAGGUAAAAUGUUAAUUAUUUCUCAAAUAGUACAUUCCACUAAGCUGUAAAUUCUAUAUUAAACUGAGAUGUUAAAAUAUUUAUUCUGGACCAAAAUUGUGCAAAUUGUGUGUGUAAGAGUGAAUGGUGGAGUGUGUGAGAGUGUGAGAUAAACCCUAUGAUUAAAACAAUAUUGUAUUUUUUAAUUCCUAGCUGUUUAGAUAUUUUCUGCAACCUACAGUCUGCUAGAAAUCUGUAGGUUGUAUUAUGUUAUGGUUAAGUUGUGGAACUUCAGGCCUUGAGGUUUUUAUAUUUCAGAAAUUUUCAUAUGAUUUCAUGAUUUUAUGUGCUCCCGUAAACGAUUAUGAACAUGUGGAGGGAAUCAUGGGACAUUAGCAAUUUGCAUAAAAUGCUAGGCUGUAGCAGGCAUGUGCAUGGGAAAAAAUUUCGGUUCGGUUCGGCAUUCCGAAAUUCGGGACUUCGGCAAUUCGGCACUUUGGCAAUGCGGCACUUCGACACUUCAGAACUUCGGCACUUCGACACUUCGGAAAUUCAGUAAUUUCGGAACUUCAGGACCUCGGCACUUCGGCAAUUCGACACUUCGGAACUUAUUUUGCACCCGCUUGGUAGAUAACUCCCUAAUUCCCACGGUAUUAGGGAGUUAUCUACCAAAAGGCUGAAAGACCUAAAUUAGUCUUUCAGCCAAAUUUACUAAUACUAAGUAAAGAUUAGGGGCAUCUCUAGUAAACAGUGAGCAGCUAGAGGCGCGAGUGGGGGCUUUUAAACUAAAGGGGCCUAUUGCCCCCUCCCCCGGCCUCCACCCCUGAGCGGCAAGUGGGGGCCCUAAAGUAAAAUAAUGGGGGGGGACCUAUUGUCCUCCCCCCGGCCACCACCCCUGAGCGGUGGGUGGGGGCCCUAAAUUAGAAUAAGGGGGAAGGACCUAAUGUCCUCCCCCUGGCCCCCACCCGCUGCUCUGGUAAUAUGAUGGGGGGGACCUAAGCGGCGGGUGGGGGCCCUAAAUAAAAAAUUAACCCCCCCUCCCAAGGUGACUAGGGGUCCCCAAACCCCUAGUCACCCCCCUCCCACAAUAAAAUAACCCCUACCUACCCCCCUCACCCUAAAAAUAGUGAGAGGGGACCAUUAGCUAAGUACCUGUUAAAAAAAUAAAAUAAAACUUAGCAUUUGAUGUUUUCUUUCUUCUAAACUCUUAUUUUUUCAGCCCCAAAAAAGGCCAAAUAAAAAGCCAUAAUAACCAACGCACUAAAAAAAAAAAUAUUAAUCUUCACCCGGCGAGGGCUCCGCGCAGACUGAACUCUGCAGGGCGGGGGAAGGCUUAUAAAACCUUGCUCCACCCUGCAAUUAGGCUCAGAGCACUGUGAUUGGUGGGUUUAAGCCAUCCAAUCAGAGUGCUCUGACAGGUAAAUGAAGAGACUGACAGGUAAGUCUCUAUAUUUACAUGUCACAGCACUCUGAUUGGUUGGCUUGAAAUCCCCCAAUCAGAGUGCUCUGUGUCAUUUUACACCUCGUGGGAAAGUUCUUUGGAAUUUUCCCACGCUGUGUAAUUUGACUCAUAACACUCUGAUUGGUUACUUAAUCCACCAAUCAAAGUGUUAUGAGUCAAAUUACACAGCAUGAGGGGGUAGGUAGGGGUUAAUUUUUUUGGGCAGGGGGUGACUAGGGGUUUGGGGACCCCUAGUCACCUGGGGAGGGGGGGUUAAUUUUUUAUUUAGGCUCCCACCUGCCGCUCAGGGGUGGGGGCCAGGGGGAGGACAAUAGGCCCCCCUCAUUCUAAUGUAGGGCCCCCACCCACCGCAAAGGGGUGGGGGACAGGGGGGAAGAAAUUAGGUCCCCCCUUAUUAGUAUUUAGGGCCUCCACCCACCGCUCAGGGGUGGGGGCCAGGGGGGAGGACACUAGGUCCCCCCCCCUCAUUCUAAUGUAGGGCCCCCACCCACCGCUCAGGGGUGGAGGCCAGGGGAGAGGACAUUAGGUCCCCCCCUCAUUCUAAUGUAGGGCCCCCACCCACUGCGAAGGGGUGGGGGCCAGGGGGGAAGAAAUUAGGUCCAACCCUAAUUAGUAUUUAUGGCCCCCACCCACCGCUCAGGGGUGGGGGCCAGGGGGAGCACAUGAGGUCCCCCCCUCAUUCUAAUUUAGGGCCCCCACCCACCACUCAGGGGUGGGUGCCAGGGGGGAGGACAUUAGGUCCUCCCCCUUAUUCUAAUUUAGGACCCCCACCCGACGCUCAGGUGGGUGUUCCUUGGCAUCAGAGAAGGAGCAUACCCUUCUGGUAAUGGCAAGCAUCACAAUGGUUUGAGAAGUGGACAGCCUUAUAUGUGGCUUAGAAAAACACUAGCAUGUCAUACAUAUAUUAUUCUUCCCAUCCCAUCACAUCACAAACAGAAUGGCGACAAAGGAUGACAGAGCUGAAUCCAAUGGUUAUUAUUUCCUCUAUACAUGUAAUUAAUCGAGAGUCCCAAAAUUUAGAUUUUUUUUUCUCACUAGGGGACUAAUUACUGAAAUCUCUUCUUUGGGAUUCCUAGGGACUUAUCUUUUGGGGUGAUUUUUAGUGUUUUAGAACAGAGUGAUGCUCUUUACCGCACUACCAAAAAGGGUUAAAUAAGUCAGAGGUUUUAGGGAUUAGAAAAUUCUCUUUUUUUUUUCAUUGUUGAGUUUAACUAGACCAAUGCUGAUUUCAUUUGUACAACCAUCCAUUAUGUGGUCAUAUAGGUAACAGGGAAUUAUUUAUUUAUUUUUUAAUGAAAAAAAAAAAAGCAGGUAUGACAAUUGACUCAGAAAUAUGAUAAUGUCAGGAAUUUCCAUGAAUAAUAAAACUAAACGACUGAUUGUUGGCAAUCACAAUAUCACCUUUUCAACUGCUUUCUGACAAAUAUUCAUGGAUUUUUACAACAUGAUUUUUAGCGAAAUCUGGUAGGUAACAUUACUUUUUCUUUCUGUAAAGUUUUUUUUUAUUUACUGCAAAUGUUUAGAUUAAAUUUAAAAAACUACUAUCACAAGGAAGCACAGAGUCAGUAAUUUGACAUGGUAUUUUCAAAAGGAAGUUAAGACAUUUACUCUGACUGAAAGCCUUUGUUCUGCAAAAAAAAAAAUCCCCUAGAAUUUUGAGUCUAAGUUGUACUUUUAAAAAUGAAGAUAUACAAAUAAAAUAGACUCCAUUUAAAAUCUGUAUAUUAUAUAUGUUUUUAUAGCAUAUUUGAUUUAAAUGUGCAGAUAAUAAAAAACAUGUUUUUUCACUUAGCGCUAAAAUAAAAAUAAUACUGCAAUGCUUUUAGGGUCAUGUAAAAAAUGUUUUUAAGUUAAGAAGUCUAAUUUCAGGUGUUACAUAUUUGUGUCUAUGUUUUAAUAAUCAAUAACUGGGAGGGUUAAUUGUGUAGAUGCAGUACAAUACGUGCAAGCCAGCAGCCACCUUAAAGCAAAUAAGCCUCUAAAAGAUACUCAUAUUACUAUAAAGGAGGUUUUAAACCUUCCUAUGCCUACACUUUCCUUAGACAAGUGGGGGCAUAUCUAUUAAAUAUUUAAAAGAAGUAACUUAGCAACCAUGGGGAAAGGAACUGUAAAAUAACUGGGGUGGGGGAGGUACAUAAUACCCCUCAUAGGCAUAGGGUGGGGAACUUUAAAUUUGAUAAAGGGGCUUAGAUCACUUUCCCCUGCUAACACUUGUAAUCAGCAGCUGGGGCUAUUCACUAAACAGAGAGGACCUAGUGUCUUACCCGCCUCCACCUUUUGACGACAGGUGGGGCUAUUAUAAUUGGGUGGACCUUUUGUCCCUAACCUCCAACCAUUGGCAGCAGGUGGGGCUCAAAAUAAUUAUUCAAGAGAGGUAGACAUUGAAUUCUCCACCUCCCCAAUUAGUGGCAGGGUCAAGCUCCCUGAGAGGCUAGGGAUACCCAAGGCCCUUUCCGCCAUUCUGAAAUUAAAUUAACCCUUCUUACCACCCUCACGCUAAUAGCAGUGUUAAACUAAACUUCUUUAUUUUGGAGUGUAGAAGAAAGGGGGCAGGGCCGGAUUAACAUAGGGGCUGAUGGAGCUGCAGCUCCAGGCCCAGGCCCAUGGAAUAGGCCCAUUGAUUUAUAAAAAAAAAAAUUAUUACAUUUUUAUUUUUCACACACUACUCUUAGGGAUUCCACCUUUUAUUUUAUUGGCACAGCCAGUAUUUGAGGCUGCCUGGCUGGUGCCAAUAUUGCAGUGAUACUGGCAAUACAAAUGCUGGUGUUUUUAUCAGUAUAAAUGGAGAAUAUCAGCACUGGCCAGUAGGGGUCGCUGUAUGUGGAGACAGGCAGGGAUAGGAAGUUCCAGCAUAUCCCUCCCUGCCUAUCUAUACUCACUGAUCUGCAGGGGUGCAGCUACAGAGAGUCCAGACAGCAACUCCCACCCUGCAGAGACAGCCUACAGCUCAGGGAAGUAAGGGAUGGGGGGACAGGCUGCAAGGAGACAUGGGGACACUGAGACACUAAGGGGUACUGGGAGACAUUAUGGCAGACACUGAGACACUAAGGGACAUUGGGAGACAUUAUGGCAGACACUGAGACACUAAGGGACAUUGGGAGACAUUAUGGCAGACACUGAGACACUAAGGGACAUUGGGAGACAUUAUGACACAGACACAUGGGGACACAGUGUCCCCAUGUCUCCCAGCCAGUGUCCCUGGUGUCUCAGUGCCCCCUAGUCUCCCAGUGCCCCCAGUCUGCCAGUGUCUCACUGUCCCCAUGUCUCCUAGUGCCUCCAUGUCUCCCAGUACCUCAAGUGUCUCAAUGUCCCCAUGUCUCCAAGCUAGUGUCCCUAGUGUCUGUGGCCCUGGUGUCUCCUUGCCCCAAUGUCUCCCAGUGCCCCAAUGUCUCAAUGUCCCCAUGUCCCCCAGCCAGUGUCUCUAGUGUCUGUGUCCCUGGUGUCUGUGUCCCCAUGUCUUCAAGUGUCCCCUAUUUUCCCAGUGUCCCCAUGCAUCCCAGCCAGAGUCCCCUAGUCUCCCAGUGUCACUGGUGUCUCUGUGUCCCCAGGUGUCUCCGUGUCCCUAGGUCUCCCUGUGUCCCCAGGUCUUCCCAUCUUCCUAGUGACAUGGGGACCCUGGGAUACAUGGGGACACAGGGCGGCAUGGGGCAUUGAGACACUGUUAUACAUAGGAUCAGGAUCACCUGGGGACACGACACUAGGGGACACUGGGAGACAUGGGGCACUGAGACACUGAUACAUAGGAACACUGAGACCUGGAGUAAUCGACACAUGGGGGCACUGAGUCAUGAGGGCACUGGGAGACAUGGGGGCACUGGGAGGAAUCCAUCUAUACAGCAGAAUCAAACUAAGUCGUUUUUUGGUGAUUUUAUAGCAUUUUCUCUUAUGUCACUCCUUGUGAUUUACAUCAUGUGAUGGCACCCAUACAUAUUUAAUUAUGCAAAUUAGCAAGGCCGGUAUGUUUUUCCAAGAAAGGUGGCAACCCUAACUACUUUUCACAUACUCUUACUUAAGUAUGGAAACUUAAGAGGGAUGUAUGGGAACAAAACUUGUGUGGACUGGCUGACAAUGAAUAUAGUUAAAGGGACACUAGAGUCACCAGAAGAACUACAGCUCAUUGAAUUUGUUCUGGUGAGUAGAAUCAUUACCGUCAGGCUUUUUGCUGUAAACACUGUCUUUUCAGAGAAAAUGCAGUCUACAUUACAGCCUAGUGAUUACGUCACUGGCCACUCCUUAGAUGGCUGUUAGAGAUCCUUCCUGGGUCAGGGCUGCCUAAAAUGCAUCCAAACAUUCAGUAUCUCCUCCCUCUGCAUGCAGACACUGAACUUUCCUCAUAGAGAUUCAUUGCUUCAAUUCAUCUCUAUGAGGAGAUGCUGAUUGGCCAGGGCUGUGUUUAAAUCAUGCUGGCUCUGCCCCUGAUCUGCCUCUUUGUCAGUCUCAGCCAAUCCUAUGGGGAAGCACUGUGAUUGGAUUAGGCCACCACUUCUAAUGAUGUCAGCAGACUGCUUGUUUUUCUGAGUCUAACAGCAUGCAGAGUUACAGCUUCAGGCUUGAAUACAGUAAGAUUUUGCUAUAUUUAUGGAGGCAUGAGGGGCCCAGUGGGGGCUAGAUGGUGGUGUUAACACUAUAGGGUCAUGAAUUCAUGUUUGUGUUCCUGACCCUAUAGUGAUCCUUUAAGGUAAUGCUGACUUUGGUCUCUCUAACACUGUGGCAUGUUCCCUUUCUUCUACACUCACUACAUACAGCUUUUCUCUGUCCCAGACCAUAUACCAGGAGCUUCUGCCUGCUAGUAAGAAGGUAAGGAGACAAGUGGACCAGCGAGUGCUAGGGAACAGUCCUUAGAGUGAGCGCAUCCUUAGAUGCAUUUAUGCCAAGCUCAGGGUGCUGUCUGCAUAGUAUGCCCUUAGUUGGCCAGCUGCAUGAUUGGCAGGCAACCUGACAUGCAUUCAUACCAGGCUGGCCUUCUAAUUCUUUGGGCAGACAUAUCCUCUUUUUGGGCAUGUUCGCCCCUUUUGGCAGGUUACGUGAUUUGUGUCAGUGGCCCGCCCAUUGACUUCCUGCUUGACUGGACACUGCUGUUAGGGGUUAUGGAUUUAGUUGAAAGAUGAAAACAUAAAUUAGUGAGAGAUUAGCCUAGGGUAUGUGUUUUCUUAUAGCUGCUGUUUUCUUUCUCUCCAGCACCAUCUCCAUCAGAUACAUGACGCUUGGGAGUGUUUUACUGUUUUUGGUCGAUAUGAUUCUGUAAUUAGGCCCGUCAUGAUUGUCAGCACCAGGCCCACUGGGCUCUUAAUCUGGCCCUGAAAGGGGGGUAUGUCACACUGCAGGGAGACCAAAGCGGCAAGAGCAUUUGCACAGUGCGCAGUCAUCUUUACCUUAACUAAUUUAUAGUCAGCCAGUCCACACAAGUUUGGAUCCUCUGCAUUCUUCUUAAGUUCCCAUUCUUAAUUUUUCUGCACGAAGCAAGAGUAGUAAUAAAAAAAAAUGUUGUGACAGUUGUAAUGGUGGACUGUGAUGGGCAUUGUUGUAUACAACAAUCUCUCUUCGCCUCAGUGAGUUACUUGGGAUACCUUACAGCACACUUUCAGUCAUUCCCCUAUUUUCCUGAUAUACAAUUAUUAAAAAGACACAUUAAUCCCUUAAGGACACAUGACAUGUGUGACAUGUCAUGAUUCCCUUUUAUUCCAGAAGUUUGGUCCUUAAUGGGUUAAACUUAAAAAAAAAAAUGUAAAGUUGUUUCUAUCACUGGUGCGACCUCACUUGGAGUAUUGUACGCAGUACUGGAGACCGUAUCUCCAGAAGGAUAUUGAUACUUUAGAGAGAAUUCAGAGAAGGACUACUAAACUGGUUCAUGGAUUGCGGGAUAAAACUUACCAGGAAAGGUUAAAGGAUCUUAACAUGUAUAGCUUGGAGGAAAGACGAGACAGGGGGGAUAUGAUAGAAACAUUUAAAUACAUAAAGGGAAUCAACACAGUAAAGGAGGAGACUAUAUUUAAAAGAAGAAAAACUACAACAACAAGAGGACAUAAUCUUAAAUUAGAGGGGCAAAGGUUUGAAAAUAAUAUCAGGAAGGAUAACGUUACUGAGAGGGUAGUGGAUGCAUGGAAUAGCCUUCCAGCUGAAGUGGUAGAGGUUAACACAGUGUGGGAGUUUAAAGGGACACUAUAGUCACCUGAACAACGUUAUCUUAGUGAAGCAGUUUUUGUGUAUAGAACAUGCCCCUGCAGCCUCACUGCUUAAUCCUCUGCCAUUUAGGAGUUAAAUCCCUUUGUUUAUGAACCCUAGUCACACCUCCCUGCAUGUGACUUACACAGCCUUCCAUAAACACUUCCUGUAAAGAGAGCCCUAUGUAGGCUUUCUUUAUUGCAAGUUCUGUUUAAUUAAGAUUUUCUUAUCCCCUGCUAUGUUAAUAGCUUGCUAGACCCUGCAAGAGCCUCAUGUAUGUGAUUAAAGUUCAAUUUAGAGAUUGAGAUACAAUUAUUUAAGGUAAAUUACAUCUGUUUGAAAGUGAAACCAGUUUUUUUCAUGCAGGCUCUGUCAAUCAUAGCCAGGGGAGGUGUGGCUAGGGCUGAAUAAACAGAAACAAAGUGAUUUAACUCCUAAAUGACAGUGAAUUGAGCAGUGAAAUUGCAGGGGAAUGAUCUAUACACUAAAACUGCUUUAUUUAGCUAAAGUAAUUUAGGUGACUGUAGUGUUCCUUUAAGCAUGCAUGGGAUAUGCAUAAGGUUAUCCUAACUAUAAGAUAAGGCCAGGGACUAAUGAAAGUAUUUAGAAAAUUGGGCAGACUAGAUGGGCCAAAUGGUUCUUACUGUCAUCAUAUUCUAUGUUUCUAUGUUUCUAAACACCAUAGCCACUACAGCUUAUUGGAGUAAUAACAUUAAAAAAAAAUCUUUGGAUGCCAUAUAAACCUUAUUGUGUUAAACCAUUUUGGAGUGGAGUAACACAAAAUUGAGCUCUACUGGCAUCUAAAGACCAGCCCUUUUUCUGCUGCCAAGAUAAUGUGGAAGUGAACAUCCACAUAAAUUGUCCAACAUUGGACAGCAGUGCAGUUUACUAUCAGCCACAGCAGGUAAACCAGACUUUAGGUACAGGAAGAGCACUGGGUUUUGGAAAAGGGAUUAAAAGUUUAGUGGCACCCAACAACCAUAAUCACUUCUAUUGUGUUCAUAAUAACUGUUAUGCUGUUUAGUGUUACAAUUUGACUAACAUAUUAAUUGCUCUUUCCAUAGCCUAACUCUGAUUUACCUUAUGAGGUUUGUGCACCCACUAUAUUGACCUAACCCCAUUAUAUCUUCUGACUUGACUUUAUAAUGUGUUGAGCAGGACACACAUUUAUACAGCUGGUAAUUGUUCUAGUCCAUUUUGAAUUUUUGCUGUAUUUUUGUUUGGGCACAAAAAUCGUUCCCUGUCCUAAAUUUUCUUACAUGUUUUGCGUACCCACUCCUGGUGUCCCAUAAAUAAAUUGAUAGUACAAAUAAAGAUGCUGUUUUGAAAACUCUGUAGAAAAAAACUAUACUGCACCAUAACUUUAAAAUGAUGGUUUCUUUAUUAUAUUACAGUUGAGCAGAAAUUCAUCACUUUUUUCAACAAGUUUGAGAGACAAUCUUCAGAAAAAGAUCAGCAUCUUAGAACAACAGCUAUACAACAAGCACAAUGAAACUGGUCACCAUGACAAGGACCAUGAUCGUACGCUUGAAGACUCAAUUAGACACAAAUUGGACAGUACAUUACCGGGGAAUGAGAAAGGUAAAUUCCACCAAGAAUACAUAAUAAUUUAUCAAACUGCAUGUAUGUUAAUGUCAUGUACUUCAUCAUGAAAAUAUCUAUUUAGAUCCAAAACAGGAAGCUUGUCAAAUUGGAUAUUUUCCACUCACUGAUUUACUUUAAUGUGGCAUUAAAAGUAUUAAGCAUUUUGCUCUUAAUGCAUAUUGAAAUUAAAAGGUCACAUACAAACCCUACACUUUACCAUCAGCCACAACAUUAAAACCACUGAGAGGUGUAGUGAAUAACAUUGAGUAUAUUGUUACAAUGACACCUAUCAAGAAGUGGGAUAUGUAGGGCAGCAAGUGACCAGUCAGUUAUUGAAUUUCAUGUGUUGGAAAAAUGGACAAUUGAAAACAUCUGAGUAACUUUGACAAGGACUAAAGCGUGAUGGCUAGAUGACUGGGUUGGAGCAAGUCUUGUGGGGUGUUGACAAAUGAAGUGGUUAGUACCUACCAAAAGUGGUCACACAAAACAAGAUAUGAAGAACUGGAUAAAAAGAUUCAGAUAUAGCAAAAAAAAAUAUCAGAAAAAAAUAGUACUCACAAAUGUAGCAAAGCCUCUUACUGCUGCUCAAACAGUGAAAAUCCACAGUACAAAUCAAACAAAUAGAGGCUGCGCAAAAUGUUGCUAUGUGCACAAACAAAGUGCUACCAAAAUUUAUUGGAGGACAGAAGAAUAAACAGACGUUUUGGGUACAACCCUUUUCCAAUGCACCAUGUCAGGGUGCAGGGACAUGGUUCAUUGAAAAAGGGUUGUACCCAAAACAUUUGUUUAUUCUUCUGUCCUCCAAUAAAUUUUGGUAGCACUUUGUUUGUACACAUAGCAACAUUUUGCGCAGCCUCUAUUUGUUUGAUUUGUACUACCAAAAGUGGUGAAAGGAAGGACAACUGGUGAACUAGCAACAAUACACAGGCGCCCAAGGCUCUUUGAUGCAUGUGAGUAGUGAAGGCUAGCCCAUCUGGUGUGAUUACACUGCUGAAAACCCAUGGGUGUGAUUACACUGCUGAAAAACCAUUUAUGUGGAUGCUACUUUGACACAUACCACCUAUCUAGUGAUUGUUGCACACCACAUACAAUCCUUCAUGGCAAUGGUUUUCCCUGAUGACAGUGGCCUCUUUUAGCAGGAUAAUGCACCCUGCCAAAUGGAAAAAAUAUUAAGGAAUAGUUUAAGGAACAUGAAAAAGAGUUCAAGGUGUUUUCUUGGUCUCCAUAUUCCCCAGAUCUCAAUCCAACUGAACAGUGUUCAAACUAAAAGAAAUCAGUCUAGAUAAAAAUUCUUGUUCUUGGGUAGAAAACUGGCUUAAAGAUAGAGUACAGAGAGUUGUCAUUAAUGGUAAAUUUCCAAGCUGGACAAAAGUGGAAAGUGGUGUUCUGUUCUGAGUCCCUUCUAUUUAACACAUUUAUAAAUAAUCUUGAUAUAGGCAUUAAAAGCCAUGUUUCAAUAUUCGCAGAUGAUACAAAACUCUGUAAAGUAAUGCAAAGUGAGCAGGCUAUUGCUUUGCGGCAGAGGGAUUUAGUAAGUUGGGGGGACUGGGCACUCAAAUGGCAGAUGAAAUUUAAUGUAGCAAUAUGCAAAGUUAUGCACUUUGGAGUAAAGAAAACACAAGCAACUUACACCCUAAAUGGUAGUGAAUUGGGGAUAACUACACAUGAAAAGGAUCUGGGAAUUGUUAUACACAACAAACUAGGCAACAAUCUGCAAUGUCAAUCUACUGUUGCUAUGGCCAGUAAGGUAUUGUCAUGCAUAAAUAGUGGCAUUAAUACUCAGGAUGAGAAUAUAAUUUUGCUUCUUUAUAAAUCACGGGUGAAACCACACCUUAAAUAUGUUGUGCAAUUUUAGGCACCUGUUCUAAAGAAGGAUAUCAUGGCACUAGAAAAAGUGCAGAGGGGGACUACAAAAUUGAUGAAAGAAAUGAAGCAUUACAGUUAUGAAGAAAGGAUAACAACAUUUGGUGUAAUUUUUGUUUGGAAAAAUGGCGCCUCAAAGGGGAUGUGAUAGAAUUAUACAAAUAUAUUCGUGGCCAAUACAAACCAUUGUCUGGAAAUCUGUUCAUAAAUAGGACCAUACAUAGCACACAAAGUCAUGCAUUCAGACUGUAAGAGAUGAGAUUUAGUCUACGGCAAAGAAAAGGAAAGGGUUUUUUACAGUAAGAACAAUAGGGAUGUGAAAUUCUCUGACUGAAGAGGUGGUUUUAUCAGAGUCUAUACCGAUGUUUAAGCAGCAAUUGCAUAGAUACUUGCAAAAACAAAAUAUACAAGGAUAUAAUUUUAAUUAGUGUGGUAAUAGCUUCUUGAUCCAGGAAGAUAUCUGACUGCCAUUCUGGGGUCAAGAAGGAAUUUGUUCCUAGUUUGUUGCAAAAUUGGAUGUGCUUCAGACUAGGUUUUUUGCCUUCUUUUAAAUCAACAGCAAAAAUAAAUGUGAGAAAGGCUGAACUUGAUGGACGAAUGUCUCUUUUCAGCUAUAUAACUAUGUAAUUAUCAGUGAGAUGGGCUGGAACAACAAAUCCAAUCCAUCGAGAACCCAUCUGGUGCCAAAUACCACAGUGCUGUUGUGGCAGGAUGAGGGGAACCUACACAAUAUUAGGUAGGUGGUUUCAGUGUUAUGGCUGAUCAGAGUAUGCAUGUAAUAUCAGUUCCAGCAACCUAACAACAGGUACAUACACCCACACAGUACACACCAACCACAUAUCCACUAGAAACCACAAAUGACCUGCAAAUCAUUCAUAACAUAUGUAGCACUAGUCAUUGGAAAAGUCUCCAUAUUUAUCUCAAUCAUUAGAACCUUUCAAGUUCAUUAAUGGUUUGUAAUUAAAAAAUAAAUAAAAAUACACUCUUUUCCAUUAACACUGUCUCAUCUCGUAUGAGGUCUGUUCGUAAAAAGUUCAGCUAUUGUUAAUAUAACGAGAACAGUUUGCAUGACAUCAAUGUAACCUGGCAGCCACGGUGAGUGGACUGGAAUCCACAUGUGUGAACAAUGACUGUACUAGUCAGUGGGGGCACUAGACGCCGUUUAGUGAGCAUAUAUUUGUGUGGCCACUGUUUUCAAAAUAAUGGGUAGAGCAACAAAUCUGCAUCAAAUUUAGUUUUAAGCUUGAAUAUUCCUCCAUGGAAACUAUUCAGGUGAUUUAGAAGGCUUUCGGGGACGAUGCAAUGAGCACAGCGCUAAUAAAAGUGUGGCACAAACGUUUUUUCAAAGAUGGUCGGAAAUCUGUUGAAAGAUUUGGCGCCCUGCAACUUCUGACUUUUCCCAAAGCUAAAAUCACCUUUGAAAGUGUUUUGAACAGUGUAAAAGACACUGGAAGGACUGUUUGUGGUCCCAAGAUGCUGGGCCAGAUUAAGAGCCCAGUGGGCCUGGUGCUGACAAUUAUGAUGGGCCUAAUUACAGAAUCAUAUUGACCAAAAACAGUAAAACACUCCCAAGCUUCAUGUAUCUGAUGGAGAUGGUGCUGGAGAGAAAGAAAACAGCAGCUAUAAGAAAACACAUACCCUAGGCUAAUCUCUCACUAAUUUAUGUUUUCAUCUUUUAAGUAAAUCCAUAACCCCUAACAGCAGUGUCCAGUCAAGCAGGAAGUCAAUGGGCACGGUAAAAGGGUGUGCCAAUGACACAAAUCACGUAACCUGCCAAAAGGGGCGAACAUGCCCAAAAAGAGGAUAUGUCUGCCCAAAGAAUUAGAAGGCCAGCCUGGUAUGAAUGCAUGUCAGGCUGCCUGCCAAUCAUGCAGCUGGCCAACUAAGGGCAUACUAUGCAGACAGCACCCUGAGCUUGGCAUAAAUCCAUCUAAUGAUGCACUCGCUCAACGCUUUCUAAGGACUGUCCCCUAGCACUCGCUGGUCCACUUGUCUCCUUACCUUCUUACUAGCAGGCAGAAGCUCCUGGUAUAUAGUCUGGGACAGAGAAAAGCUGUAUGUAGUGAGUGUAGAAGCACAUUGUUAGAGAGACCAAAGUCAGCAUUACCUUAAAGGAUCACUAUAGGGUCAGGAACACAAACAUGAAUUCAUGACCCUAUAGUGUUAACACCACCAUCUAGCCCCCCUGGGCCCCUCAUGCCUCCAUAAAUAUAGCAAAAUCUUACUGUAUUCAAGCCUGAAGCUGUAACUCUGCAUGCUGUUAGACUCAGAAAAACAAGCAGUCUGCUGACAUCAUUAGAAGUGGUGGCCUAAUCCAAUCACAGUGCUUCCCCAUAGGAUUGGCUGAGACUGACAAAGAGGCAGAUCAGGGGCAGAGCCAGCAUGAUUCAAACACAGCCCUGGCCAAUCAGCAUCUCCUCAGGAAGGAUCUCUAACAGCCAUCUAAGGAGUGGCCAGUGAAGUUAUCACUAGGCUGUAAUGUAAAGACUGCAUUUUCUCUGAAAAGACAGUGUUUACAGCAAAAGGCCUGACGGUAAUGAUUCUACUCACCAGAACAAAUUCAAUAAGCUGUAGUUGUUCUGGUGACUCUAGUGUCCCUUUAACUAUAUUCAUUGUCAGCCAGUCCACACAAGUUUUGUUCCCAUACAUCCCUCUUAAGUUUCCAUACUUAAGUAAGAGUAUGUGAAAAGUAGUUAGGGUUGCCACCUUUCUUGCAAAAACAUACCGGCCUUGCUAAUUUGCAUAAUUAAAUAUGUAUGGAUGACAUCACAUGAUGUAAAUCACAAGGAGUGACAUAAGAGAAAAUGCUGUAAAAUCACCCAAAAACUACUUAGUUUGAUUCUGCUGUAUAGAUGGAUUCCUCCCAGUGGGCCCAUGUCUCUCAAUGCCCCCAUGUGUCGAUUACUCCAGGUCUCAGUGUUCCUAUGUAUCAGUGUCUCAGUGCCCCAUGUCUCCCAGGGUCCCCUAGUGUCAUGUCCCCAGGUCUCCCAGUAAUCCUAUGUAUCACAGUGUCUCAAUGCCCCAUGUAUCCCAGGGUCCCCAUGUCACUAGGAAGACGGGAAGACUUGGGGACACGGGGAGAUCUAGGGAUACGGAGACACCAGUGACACCGGGAGACUAGGGGACUCUGGCUGGGACGCAUGGGGACACUGGGAAAAUAGGGGACACUUGAAGACAUGGGGACACAGACACCAGGGACACAGACACUAGAGACACUUGCUGGGGGACAUGGGGACAUUGAGACAUGGAGACACCAGGGCCACAGAGACUAGGGACACUAGCUUGGAGACAUGGGGACAUUGAGACACUUGGAGACAUGGAGGCACUGGGAGACAUGGGGACAGUGAGACACUGGCAGACUGGGGACACUGGGAGACUAGGGGGCACUGAGACACCAGGGACACUGGCUGGGAGACAUGGGGACACUGGGAGACAUGGGGUCACUGUGUCCCCACGUGUCUGUUUCAUAAUGUCUCCCAAUGUCCCUUAGUGUCUCAGUGUCCCAUGUCUCCUUGCCGCCUUUCCCCCCAUCCCUUACUUCCCUGAGCUGACCAGCAAAGUCGUUGGCAUACACUAAACGUAUUGUCAGGUUUCAGAAACUAACUUGAAAUAGCAUGUGCUUUGUGAACUAGCCAUUAGAAGACAUUUACACCGAGUUAUAACCAUACCAUAAGCAUAACUCAGUCGAAACACAUCAGAUUUAUUUUCAGUUUUUUUUUUUACUGUCCAGUGUUGGUGCUUCUUUGUCUGCUGUAGCAUAAUUGUCCUGGAUAUUCUGGUGCAUUCAUUUUCCACUGCUGUAGUGGAUUCACUUGAAGCGUCAACGUGUUUUGCAUAGAUGCCAUUCUGCAAAUCACUGUUAUAAUGUGUUGUUAUUUUAGCUGCUGUUGUCUUCCUGUGAGUGUAAACAAUUCUGACCCCUCACAUUAACAAGGCAAUUUUGCCCCCAAAAAUAUAUGAUUUUUUAAAAUUCUCAGUAAACUCUAGGGACUGUUGUGGCCAAAAAUCCAAGAUCAGCGGUUUGUUUUAUAUUCAAACCACCACAUUUGUUACUAAAAAUCAUUCAGCUUUCCUGUUCCAGAUUAAACAUAUUUGGCUUUGUCCACUAAACCAGAAGGAUAAAUCACAACAGAAAUACAAAUCUUAAGUCAAAAGAGCGGACUUGGAAAUUGGAAAAGAAAAAUCUUGAAUUAUUUAUUUGUUUAUUUAUUGUUUGUUUUACAUAAAACGUACAAUCCUCUAGUCCAGGGGUAGGCAACCUACGGCACUGGUGCCAUGCACGGCACUCGAGGUGACUUUGCACGGCACUCAAGGCUGCUAGAGCCAAACAGGCUCUGCCCUAUCAGGAGUCCCAGUGAACCUUCAGAUAUCUGCUAAUACGAAGAGGUGGUGAAGGGCAAUCCUCAAUUUAUGCAUUGCAGCACAUAGAGGAAGUGAUCUCAGAGCACUUCAUUCCAGCACUUGUGAAUGGGAAUCCACACUGUAGUAGAGCAGCUUGCAGCUGCUGUUGCAGCUCCUAUACUUGAGCUACACCUGGCCAGCCUGGUCCCCACUGGAACCUAGGGAAGCCACCCAUACAGCUAGAUAUACACAGAAAUAACCCUCCCCUCAUACAAAUAAUACGAACAGCCCAUACACAAACAUACACACAAUCCCCACAAACGCAAAACCACUAACUAUCCACAUACAUGCACACAACCCCACAUGCAGCAUCUCACAUGCAAUACCCCAAACAGCCCCCACACACUACCAAACACACAAGGUGACAUUUCCAUCCACACACAAUUCCACAAGCAGCCCUCAUACACAGCCCACAUUCAUAGGUAUCAUACACGAUACCAUAAAGUACUAAUAAACAUAUACAAUAUAAUAGCUCCUAUACACACAAAUACAACGAUACAAAGCAAUUGCAGUAAAAAUAACACAAGCAGAAUACGGCAGCAUACAUACCUCAAUUUAAAAAAAUAGGAUCAGCACGCUAAGGGACAUCACAAUCCUAUAUCGGCACAGUGCUGCUAAAAGGUUGCCUACCCUUGCUCUAGUCCAUUCUUUCCAAUUCUCAGUUUAUACAACAAAUUCAAAUUGAAAGUGACGAUGCAGCUAUGGGUGUAAAGAUUAUGAACUCUCAGGUAUUAGAAGCAACUGAAGGCAACAAUGCCACUGCAAAACAGGAAAAUGUAAUGUAACAAAAACAAACAAACAAAUAAAAAAAAGACUACUAGAUAAAAAUAGGAUAAGAAGUAUAGAAAAGCUGUUGCAACCAACAAACACCUACACAUAUUUCUUUUCCGUUUAAAAAAAAAAAAAAAAGUUUUGUGUUACAAAAAAAAUAUUCAGUAAUCUCAAAAUGCAAAGUACUGUAAAGUAUCGUGUAUAUACAAUUUUAAAAUUUACUAAGAAUACAGUAUUGUUAAAAAAAAAAGUAUAAUAAAACAGAAUGUAGACUAUCAAAGGAUUUGAAUAGUCCAAGCGCAAUUAUAAUUUAAGUGAAUUGAAGUAGUCAUGGUGCCUGGAGAUUGUGUUUUGCUAUGAAAGUCUGUACAUACAGAGUUUAACCCCUUUGCUGCAAGAGGUGUAAUGUCACCACCUACAGUGUCAUUGGGCCAUCAUUAGCCAGCCCAGAGCAAGAGUUCCAGGCUAGCUAGUGUUAAUUCUGUGCAUAUUCUGUGCACAGAAGGUCAUUCAUUGGCUAAGAGUGAUCAGCUGAUGCCCUCCACCAAUAAAUGACUAGCGGGAUCAGUAUUUGACUCUGCAGAAGGCGGAUGUGGUUCAGCCACAAUCGUUCGACCCUCUGCACCUUGCUGGAACAAGUAAUUGUGAAAACUGUUGUGAAACGGGUUGUCCCAAAGCUGGGAAAUGGUGGCAAGGUUUCUUCAGUAUAUAUUAAUAAGGAUCCUAUGGCAAGAGAUAUGCAAAUGAUUGCUGCAAAAAACGUGCAGAUAACUUGUGAUUGGAUAGCUAUUAAAGAAAAUUCAUGUAAAUAAAGCUCCGGGGCCUGACGGUAUUCACACACAAGGGGAAAUAAGUGAACCUCUGUAUUUCAUUUUUCAAGAUUCUUUUGUUUCAGAUAUUGUACCAGAGGAUUGGAGGAAGGCAGAUGUUGUUCCUAUAUUUAAAAAAGGGUUCAAAAUCCUUGCCUGGAAAUUAUAGACCUGUGAGCUUAACUUCUGUAACUGGGAAAAUAUUUGAAGGGCUACUAAGGGAUAAUAUUCAGGAAUUCAUUGGGACGAACUUUGUUAUUAGCAAUAAUCAGCAUGGUUUUAUGAAACAUAGGUCAUGUCAAACUAACCUAAUUGCAUUCUACAAAGAAGUAAGUAGAAGUAUAGAUCAGGUUGUUGCAGUGGAUGUGAUCUAGUUGGAUUUUGCCAAGGCAUUUGAUACGGCUCCUCACAAUAGGUUAGUCUUCAAACUAAAAGAAAUUGGUCUAGAUGAAUAUUCUUGUUCCUGGGAAGAACAAUGGCUUAAGGAUAGAGUACAACGAGUUGUCAUUAAUGGUAAAUUGUCAGGCUGGACAAAAGUGGUAAGUGGUGUCCCUGAGGGUUCUGUUUUGGGAACGCUUAUAUUUAACAUAUUUAUAAAUGAUCUUGAAAUAGGCAUUGAAACCCAUAUAUCAGUAUUUGCAGACGACACAAAAUUUUGUAAAGUAAUAAAAUGUGAGCAGGAUAUUGCUUUGCUGCAGAGGGAUUUGGAUAGAUUUGGGGACAGGGCACUAAAAUGGCAGAUUAAAUUUAACAUAGAGAAAUGCAAAGUUAUGCACUUCGGGGUUAAGAAUGCACAAGCAAUUUACACCCUAAAUGGUAGUGAACUAGGGCUAACCACACACGAGAAGGAUUUGGGAAUUUUUAUAGACAAGAAAUUAGGUUGCAAUAUGCAAUGUCAAUCUGCAGUUGCUAAGGCCAGUAAGGUUUUGUCAUGUAUAAAUAGGGGCAUAAAUUCUCUGAAUGAAAAUAUAAUUUUGCCUCUUUAUAAAUCACUGGUAAGACCACACCUUGAAUAUGCUGUGCAAUUUUGGGCACCCGUUCUAAAGAAAGAUAUCAUGUCACUAGAAAAAGUGCAGAGAUGAGCUACAAAAUUUAUAAAAGGAAUGGAGCAUUUUAGUUAUGAAGAAAGGUUAAAUUAAAUCUGUUUAGUUUGGAAAAACGGCGCCUGAGUGGGGAUAUGAUAACAUUAUACAAAUAUACUCAGGGCCAGUACAAACCUUUAUCUGGAAAUCUAUUCAUAAACAGGGCUAUACAUAGGACACAAGGUCACACAUUUAGGCUGGAAGAAAGGAGAUUUCAUCUAAGGCAAAGAAAAGGUUUUUUUUUACAGUAAGAGCAAUAACGAUAUGGAAUUCUCUUCCUGAAGAGGUGGUUUUGUCAGAGUCAUUACAGAUGUUUAAACUGCAAUUGGAUAAAUACUUGUAAAAACAUAACAUACAGGGAUAUCAUUUCUAAUUAGUGGGGUAAUAGCUGCUUGAUCCAAGGAGAUAUCUGACUGCUAUUUUGGGGUCAAGAAGGAAUUUUUUCCUAGUUUGUUGCAAAAUUGGAAGCGCUUCAGACUGGGUUUUUUUGCUUUUGGAUCAACAGCAAAAACAUGUGAGGAAGGCUAAACUUGAUGGAUGCAAGUCUCUUUUCAGCUAUGUAACUAUGUAACUAUGGUUAGAGUAACCAUUUAAUGCACUGUAUAACUCAUACCUCAGUCAAGGUCUGGGAUGGAUUAUUACUAUGUCAUGCUUCUGAUCAGGUCACAUAAGAGACUUAUACCGGGGUUAACUUUAGGUUUUUUAUUUGUAGACUUUGACAUGGUUGGUCAAGAAAAUCAAUAAGUAUAGCAGGACUUAAAAGGGAAGUGGAAAUAAAACAGACAAAGGGAGAAAGCAGAACCCAUAAACGAGAUUACAGGUAAGUAUAUUGAGGGCUAUAAAAUAAAUAGUUCAGACAAUAAGCACCAGACCGUUUAUAAAGUAGCAGGAAAACCUAUAAACGCAAUUAUAGGCAAAAGGUGGAAGGAGAACCUAUAAACAAAAUCAUACGUAAUAGUUAGAAGGAGAACCUAUAAGCGAAAUUAUAGGCAAGUUUAAGGAGAGAUAACAGAAAAGAGAGUUAGGCAAUUUGCACUAGACAGGUUAUUAGGUAACAGGAUAACAUAUAAGUAAUAUUACAGAUAAAUAAAUAAAUAAAAGGAAAACCUAUAAAUGAAAAUAUAAGUUACAGAUAGACAAAACUAAACAGAAUAUAAAGGUUACAUAAUACAGGUUAGACGUUUAGUGGAUCAACCUCUUUGGUUUGGAGGUAGUACUGCAGGUUUUAGAUAGUUGUAACAGGGUCCUUAAGGAUAGUUGUAGAUAUCAGGAAUGUUUGUAAUAUCCAGGUUGGUUGCAGAGUUUUCAGUAGGUUAGAAACAAAGCAACAAGGAAUCAAAGUCCAGGAUGGAAUUAAGUAGGUAGGAAUUGAAGAUCAGGUUUGUCCCCAAGCGUAUUGAUAGUAAACAGAUUGGGAAUAGUGAUGUCGCGAACCGUUCUCGAACUUGCCGCGAACGGUUCGCCACGAACCAUUCGCGGCAAACUGCGGUCAGCUGACACAUCCCUGCCAAUCUCCGACAGACCCUCCUUCCCAGACCCUCCUACUUCCUGGACAGCAUCCAUGUUGAAGGCAGCUUCAACAUGGAUGCUGUCCAGGAGGUGGGAGGGUCUGGGAGGGAGGGUCUGCCGGAGAUUGGCAGGGAUGUGUCAGCUGACCGGAGUUCGCCGCGAACGGUUCGUGGUGAACCAUUCACGUCAAGUUCGUGAACGGUUCGCGACAUCACUAAUUGGGAAUGUAGCAGGUUGAACGGAUACAUUGGGUUGGUUCAAUGAUAUCCAGAAUAUAGCAGAUUUUCUCAGUGGGAGCCAGGAUCAGAAGUCUUGCCAGGAUCAAAACAUAAACUUCAAUCAAUGUAAAGGCCAUUUGUUUAGCAGGGUGUGGCCUCUUACAGCAGAUUCAAUAAUCAUGCUAGCCAGGUGAGAGGAACAGUGGAUUAGACUAGUGGUUUGGGAGGCCACUAGUGGUAGAAAACUGGAAUUGUAGAAAUAAAAACAGGAAAAAUGGAACAUGACUUUGGUUGUCAGAUAGGAUCCUGACAUACUCUUUGGAUUAUUGAUUGUAUAUUUUGAUAAAUAAAUGUUCAGUUUCAAAGCUCUCAGAUUAAUUUUUGUAAAAACCAGCAUGAUAUAAAAAGUAUUAUAAUUAAAUACAGAGGUUGGGGGGAAUACAGUUUUAUUUUGAGAAACAUUAUGCAUCCUAUGUUCUACAUGAGGUUAUAUUUUCAAAUAACUCUUAUGUUCUACACAAGACUGUGUAGUCAAAUAAAUCAUCAUUCAACAGUUUCCUAAAGCUUUUUACAUCCACGACUGAACUUGUAAACUCCAUGGAAAGCUUAAUUAUUAAACCAUAUUAUCUUCGGCUCCCGUUUACCAAAUGCUGUUUUGAGAAUUUCUCGAUUCCAUUGUUUGCUGAUGAUGUUUAUUUAAGGGUGAGCACUAUGUUCCAUAUUAUACAUUGAUUAUACAUCACCAUGUCAUAUCUUUCUCCAACAGGACACAAAGGUGAUAAAAAAUCCAAGGACUUCAGGGUCAGCUUUCCUCUUAGAACAAACUACAUGUACGCCAAAGUGAAAAGGACCCUUCACCAUGAGAUUUUUGCCUUUACCAUCUGCUUGUGGCUUAAAUCUAAUUCUUCCCCAGGGGUGGGAACACCUUUUUCAUACUCUGUUCCUGGUCAAUCCAAUGAGGUGGUGCUUAUUGAAUGGGGAAAUAACCCCAUGGAAUUGCUAAUUAACGACAAGGUAAAGUUUGGCAUCUCCUUUAUUGUCUUCCUUAUGAUAUGAUACUUUGAAAUAAGUAGAAAGUGUAAUGUAGAUGUCUUAUUGUUGUGGAGGGUUGCAUUUCAUUCAAGUCAUAUUAGAGAAUAUAUGCCCCUGCAUUAAUGGUAUAAUACAGGACUAUAUUAUAAUCUGCUUCUCAAUCCUUAUUAAUAAUGACUUUAGCCAAAGAACUGUGAUUGACUUGUGUCCAAGUACAGUUACAAAUGAAAGAAUCUACCUUGACUACCAUAGUCAUUAGAAUAGUAUUCAAACUUUUCUUUCUUUAAGUUCUUGAUUUUGUUGCUUUUGUUAAAGUUUAAUUGUUUUUAAUUCACUAAUGUUCAUUUUGGAAAAGAUAAACUCAACCCCUUAAGGUAAGAGUGCACCCGAGGAGUCCUGGCACCAUAACAACUUCCCUUAGAAAUGUCUCAUCAAUCACUAUAGUUAAGGGGAACUGUGGUCACCUUUGAUUAAGAACAUUUCUAUAAGAUGCAUUCUCCAGUAAAACAUGAUAGUUUUCUCUAUGGUUAAAUAGCAUUUAAUUCUGUAGUUUCUACUGAUACCUUUUAUUUUGCUUAGGGUGUGUGAAUUUAAAAUUUAUGGUUCUUCACUUCUACAAGAGUUUUCUUGCUCUGUGUAGUUAAUAAUGCAAAGUUUUUCUUCUCAUCUGUUUAGGCUGCCACUCUUCCAUUGGCUAUUAAUGAUGCUAAAUGGCAUCAUGUUGGCAUUACUUGGUCAACUAGGGAUGGUGUAUGGGAGUCUUACCUGGAUGGUGUAAGAAGAGGAAGUGGUGACAACUUGGCAUCUUGGCAUCCAAUAAAACCUGGUGGAGUUUUUGUCUUAGGACAGGAACAGGUAUGAAAACAUUGUAACACUUUCAACCCGAAAGAGGAAAAAAUCGUUUCUAGAAUCAGGAAAUAUGAUGUAUUGGCAGUCUGUGCCAUAUUUGCACUCAGCAUUACUGAAUCAUGAUUGACGGCCGAGUGUUGUCCUUGUGCACCGCAAUAGAGCACCAUGGAUAUUAGAGAAGUUUCCUAAUUAAGGUUCAAGAAUAUUUUCAGAGAUUAUGCUAAUUUGAUCAUAACUCUAAUUUCAACUCUACAUUUUUAACCCUUAAUCUAAUCUAACUAUAAUAUAAACCAAAUCUGUUAAACUUAAUCUAUGCGCAAAUCUCCAAUUCUAAUGCUUAAUCCUAAUCCUGACGCUUAACCCCACAGGGUACUUACUGAAAUCCGAUUGUCCUCACUCCGGAUAAGCGAUAAUAGUCGUGCCCACCUUGGGGCACUCACAUAGCGUAAUAUAAAUGUAUUCAUAUUACUUUAUAUUUGGAUUGUUUUAUAUUAUUUAUUAUAUUUGCAUUUAUUUAUUUAUUUAUAUAUUAUUAUUUUAUUAAUUUAUGCACUGGCUGCACAUGGUGUUAGUAGGCAAACACUGCAGACUUUUACCUUCUACCAGAUCUAAGUGAAUCUGGUUGAAAUUCUAUAUUAUACGUAGAUUUCACAUGUGAGCAUUACUUAUUUUAUAGCAGACACUGGAUGAUACUGAUUGAGAUGUGCUUUUUCAGUUGACCUACAGGAUUUGGCUUUAGAAAAUAUAAUAAUUCCAAAUUAGGUUGAAAUUCAGUUACUUUAACAUAAUAUAACUGAUCUGGACUGUGUUUAGACUUUAGUGAAUAACCCUGCUAAUAUUGAACAUCAAAUUCAGAUUCCAUAACCUAAACCAUAAUAACCUUUUUUAAAGAAACAGUCAGGGCACCAUAACAAAUUUGUUAAAAAAAAGUUUUUCGGGUGCCUGGGGGCUACCUGCUACUUCCUUACAUAUAGGAGUUAAACCAUUUACAAAUGAUUUACCCCCAAAGAUGGCUCUCCAGCUCUGUUCCUUGCUGUCUUCUUCCAUAUGAUCUUUCAGAAAAUCAGAUAGAGCAAGCUACGGAUUACGGACAGCGGAUGCUCUAAGCAAGUCAGUAGCUCCCCAUUGAUUAAAAACGGCUUGAGAAAGAUAGCUUUCUCAAGCCGUUUGCCUGAGGCUUCCUCUAGUUUAUUAUUUGUAAGUGGAUGUGAACAGUGACAGUGAGGAAUGGUACUGGAGAGCCAACUUUGGGGUUAAACCGUUCGCUAAUGGUCUAAAGGUAAGGAAGUGCUUGGGACUUCCUGGCACCAUAACAACUUUAUAUUGAUUAAGUUGUCAUGGUUCCCAGACUGUUCCUUUAAUAACAGAAUGCUCUGUGCCAAAAUGCUCCAUUCUAUACUUUAGCAGGCUGUACAAUUAAUAAAUUACACAAUUUGUGCAAUAUCGUGCCAUUUCAGGCAACUGUAAAACAUUACUUUGAAAAUUAUCUAUGCAUUCCAGUCUGUUUUAAAAAAAUCAGUUAAAUAAUAGUAGAAAGCUAUAGCUAAGCAAAACAAAAUUAAAAAAAGAAUACGUUUUAUGUUUAUUAAAGGAACACAGCAGUAUUAAUGUGCCACUCCACCCCACGCUGCCAAAAAAACCACCCAUAACUAAUUAUACAAAAUGAAAUUAUUUACCCACCUUCUUUCCAGUGCCGAGUCUCCCUCAGCGCUGCUGUAGCCUGUGGCAUCCUCCUUCUAGUGUAAUGUUAUUGUGGAAGUGUACACAGGGCCGCCAUCAGGGGGUGACAACCACACACUUAGGGUCACCCGAUGGGCCCUAUAUUUCCAGGGGCCCAGUCAGCGAUGUGGCCGUGGUAUAGCGCGACCGGGCCCAUUUAAAAACAAAACAAAAAAAAGCAGCUGCAAGUGCUGCUGGGAGGAAGUGGUCACUUCCUCCCAGCUCACUCCGCGCGGGAGGAGCGUGCGUGCCAGUGAAGAGGGAGCCGCGCCGACUCCCAUCAGCCUCAGCCACCCUACUGCAAAGAAAAGGUAAGAGACAGGAAGGUGGCUGGAAAAUGAGCUGUGUGUGUGUGUGUGUGUGUCUGUAUGCAUGUAUGUGUAAGUCUGUAUGUCUGUCUGCAUGCAUGUAUGUCUAUGUAUGUAUGUAUGUAUGUCUGUCUGUAUGUAUAUGUCUGUGUAUGCAUGUCUGUCUGUAUAUGUAUGUAUAUGUCUGUAUGUAUGCAUGUCUGUAUGUCUAUGCAUGUAUGUCGGUCUGUAUGCAUGUAUGUCUGUGUGUAUGUCUGUAUGUAUCUCUGUGUAUGUAUGUAUGUCUGUUUGUAUGUCUGUGUAUGUAUGUAUGUCUGUAUGUAUGCAUGCAUGUAUGUCUCUGUAUGUAUGUCUGUCUGUCUGUAUGUAUGUGUCUGUAUGUAUGUCUGUGUGUAUGUCUAUGUAUGUAUGCAUGUCUGUCUGACUGUAUGCAUGUAUGUCUGUGUCUGUAUGUAUGUGUAUGUCUGUAUGCAUGCAUGUAUGUCUGUCUGUAUGUAUGUCUAGGUAUGUAUAUAUGUAUGUCAUUAUAUAUGUAUAUAUGUAUCCCUGUAUGAAUGUAUGUCUGCAUAUCAUUAUGAACGUAUGUAUGUGUGUAUGUGUGUAUGUAUGUCUGUAUGCAUGUAUGUCUGUCAGUAUGUCUGUAUAUAUGCAUGUAUGUCAGUCUGAAUGUAUGUAUGUAUGUCUGUAUGCCAUUAUGAAUGUAUGUCUGUAUGCCAUUAUAAAUGUAUGUGUGUAUGAAUGUCAGUGUCUGUAUGUAUGAAUGUAUGUAAAUUCAAAUAGUGAUCAGCACUCUCGGAUUUUCAAGAAUUAAAAACAACAAUUUAUUGAGUAUCCAUUAAAAGAUCAACGUUUCAGUCCCAGCAGGGACUUUCAUCAGGAUCAGUGAGUGCAAGGACUUUUCUAUUUCUAUUUUUGUGUAUGUAUGUAUGUAUGUGUCUUUAUGUCCUCAUACAUGUGUGUCUGUAUGUAUGUUAGUAUGUGUCUUUAUGUCCUCAUGCAUGUGUGUCUGUAUGUAUGUUAGUAUGUGUCUGUCUGUCACUAUGUAUGCCUGUGUGUAUGUCUCAGUAUGCGUGUAUGUCUGUUUCAGUAUGUGUGUCUGUUAGUAUGUAUCUGUGUCCUUUUGUAUCACUUUGUGCGUAUUCCUGUGGGCGGUAUUUGGAGGCGGACCCAAUGGGCGGUAUUUGGAGGCGGGCCCCAGACCCUGAGUUCAGUUAGGGGCCCCAAAAUUUCUGGUGGCGGCCCUGGGUGUCACCCAUAGUAUGUAUGUCUGUCUGUAUGUAUGUGUCUGUAUGUAUGUCUGUGUGUAUGUCUAUCUAUGUAUGUAUGUCUGUCUGACUGUCUGACUGUAUGUCUAUGUAUGUCUGUGUCUGUAUGUAUGUGUAUGUCUGUAUGUAUGUCUGUAUGCAUGUAUGUCUGUCUGUUUGUAUGUCGAUAUAUAUAUAUAUAUAUAUAUGUAUGUCAUUAUAUAUGUAUAUAUGUAUCCCUGUAUGAAUGUAUGUCUGCAUAUCAUUAUGAACGUAUGUAUGUCUGUAUGCAUGUAUGUCUGUCAGUAUGUCUGUCAGUAUGUCUGUAUAUAUGCAUGUAUGUCAGUCUGAAUGUAUGUAUGUAUGUCUGUAUGCCAUUAUGAAUGUAUGUCUGUAUGCCAUUAUAAAUGUAUGUGUGUAUGGAUGUCAGUGUCUGUAUGUAUGAAUGUAUUGUGAUCUUUGUCUGCAGGUAGCACGGUCCUCUAGGGCAAAAACAUGCACAGUCUUUCAAUGCAACUUCAUUCCAGGCACUUUAUUUGUAAGUUUACAUAUGAGGCAGCAGCAAAUGAAAACAUAAAUAUAACAGGUUUCCCUUUAAACAAAAACCUAGCUCGUCUGAGCACUGACUCACUUUGUAUAUCCCUCUCUAUCAGGGUUAAACUAACAAAAACAUAUUGCACCAACCUUAUUAGAUAGCAACACUCUGCUAGCUAGCCUGUUGCUUUCCUUUCUGCACUCCCAGUGCUCCAAGCCAGCCUUGCCCUGACUGCUUUCCUUUCUGCACUCCCAGUGCUCCAAGCCAGCCUUGACUGCUUCCUCAUUCACUCCCAGUGCUCCAAGCCAGCCUUGCCCUGACUGCUUUCCUUUCUGCACUCCUAGUGCUCCAAGCCAGCCUUGACUGCUUCCUCCUGCACUCCCAGUGCUCCAAGCCAGCCUUGACUGCUUCCUCCUGCACUCCCAGUGCUCCAAGCCAGCCUUGACUGCUUCCUUUCUGCACUCCCAGUGCCUAGUCUCCUUGACUCUCUAUCUGGAGAGAACAGCCUCUCUCCUACCUGCUUCCUAGGAGGAAGCCAGCAAUUCCCCUCUUUUCCCUGCCUAGCCGGGAAGGGUUUAUUCCCACUGCAACAGCUCAUUAACUGCAGCUGAGCAGUGGGUUGGAGACGGUCCAAAAAACCCUGGCUUGGAUCUAUGUCUCCCCAGAAAACCACUAAACUGUGGAGUGGAGCAUUGGCCCACCCUUCUCUCCAAAUGCUCCACCCCAGGGGCCCAUAACUAAACAAAGCUUUGUGUUGUGCAACACACAAACUACACGUACUUCCCCUGGGGUUAAAAGGCCUAUCUGCUUUCACUUUAUCACAGUAUGUAAAUUCAAAUAGUGAUCAGCACUCUCGGAUUUUCAAGAAUUAAAAACAACAAUUUAUUGAGUAUCCAUUAAAAGAUCAACGUUUCAGUCCCAGCAGGGACUUUCAUCAGGAUCAGUGAGUGCAAGGACUUUUCUAUUUCUAUUUUUGUGUAUGUAUGUAUGUAUGUGUCUUUAUGUCCUCAUGCAUGUGUGUCUGUAUGUAUGUUAGUAUGUGUCUUUAUGUCUUCAUGCAUGUGUGUCUGUAUGUAUGUUAGUAUGUGUCUGUAUGUCCUCAUGCAUGUGUGUCUGUAUGUAUGUUAGUAUGUGUCUGUCUGUCACUAUGUAUGCCUGUGUGUAUGUCUCAGUAUGCGUGUAUGUCUGUUUCAGUAUGUGUGUCUGUUAGUAUGUAUCUGUGUCCUUUUGUAUCAGUGUGUGUGUUUGUGUCUGUGUGUGUAUUCCUGUGGGCGGUAUUUGGAGGCGGACCCAAUGGGCGGUAUUUGGAGGCGGGCCCCAGACCCUGAGUUCAGUUAGGGGCCCCAAAAUUUCUGGUGGCGGCCCUGGGUGUACAAAAACCCAAUGUAAUGUUUGUGUGUAUUAGAUGCAGAGUGGGCAGUGGAUGCAGACCUUGUAGUGAAGGUAGAAUAUGUAAAUGUUGUGUAAGAUAGGGUCUGCAUUCUGUGGGAAUGGCAACCAGUGGCAACACUCUGUCAGUCGCAGGACUUGCAAUAGUUAGAGAAAGAGGAUCAGUUGGAAAGUGAAAAUCAAGUGUGCUGGGCCCCCUCUGCAGUAUAUAGGCAACCGGUGCACAUAUAUUGCGAUAAUCGCUAUAUUAUAUGGGCACAUAUGGGAUGGUAGCUUUGGGUAUUAAAGCCAGGUAGUACAGUCCUGUUGCACAUACACAGAGGGCUUGGAGGCGUGGCUUUAAGCCAUGCUUCCAAGCUUUCUAAUUACUAAAACAUUUAGAUAGGGGCUUCUAGGCAUGGGGGAAUAACUGUUGAUGAAGUUGUAAUAGUGGGUACAGCGUUCCGUUACAUACAACAAAACUGUUUCAGUAAUUUUUGUUUGAACGGUAUAAAGAACGCUCAUUUUCCUAACUACCCCAAUUUAAAUUUUCUAAAAGAAGCAAGCAUGUUUAAAUGUUUACGAUUUCCUUCUUUCUUUCACCUAUUUAAUUUAUUGUAUAGAAAUAACAGCUAUUCAUAAAAUAUAUCCGAUUUAGGGAAAUGCACAUAGAAAUGUCCAUGUUAUUGAAAGAAGAAAUACUCAUAAUGUCUAACAUCUUAACAGAUUCUACUAUUAGUACAUCGCAGGAUAUUAUGUGUAUGCAAAAUGGUUAGAUGUUCUCCCAGUACCACUGACCAGACCAUGCAGAGACGCUAGAACGUUACCUAAGAAAUGGUCGUGUUGUAGCAGCAACAAAUGUUGGAAAGAAAGCUUAGCGGACAAAUGCAUCUGCUAAAGAAACUGAGGACCACAUUUACCAUGUGAUCUUUCUAAAGUUGAUAAAAUAAGUACAAAAUUCUCUAUGUGUUCCGAAUAAAAUGCAAGGCAUUUAUCAUGUUUCUGCCAUUGCAUUGUUUUUAUAAAGGAAUAAUGGAAUAUGCUUUAUUGAACCAUCGUAUAAGAUUGGUGGUCAACAAUUUUAUUUUAGGAAUCUAAAAUAAAGCUUGAUGAUGUCUGAUGUAACAAAACUGGAUUUAAGUCAACUGCAUUACUGAGUUUAUUUGGUAAUUUAUUGACAAGAGUUAAGAUACUAUAGAUCUAUAUGAUAUGCCUUUCUGAUAAAAAAAAUUUUUUUAUUAUAGCACAAUAACAAACAUACAAGUCAGAACCCUCCACGCAAUAAAUAUCUAACCAUGUCUGAUUUCUUAGGACACCUUAGGAGGAAGAUUUGAUGCCACACAGGCCUUUGUUGGCGAAAUUUCGGACUUUAACAUGUGGAGUUACAUCCUGACCCCUGGUGAGGUCUUCAAGUUGGCCACCUGUGCCUCUCAUUCCACUGGUGAUGUCAUAGAAUGGGCAGAGUCUACCAUGGAGCUCCAUGGGGGCGUGACCAAACUCCCGUUUAACUCUUGCCAUUGACAUGAGGAGUCCCUUCACACGCAGCAUGCUCUGAUACAGAAUCCAGACAUGGAGUGGAUUCCUGGCACCCCAAUGACUAUUGCUUCAGUUGGAGUAGAAGUAUUCUCUCUGUCGCCAUAUUUCCUACCCAUGUUUAGUUUUCUACCCUUUGUAACUGCUUAUAUAACCUAACAGCAUUUCUUGUUUGUAGCGUAUUCAUUUUACAACCUAAUUUCUAGUUUAUAGUGAACUGCUAGUGGACUUAUAUCAACGAUUAUUGUCUUUCUCAAAUGAAUGUGAAGGAAAAAAAAAACACAAAAGCCCAAUGUAAGAUGCUGUUGUAAAACAAAGUUAUGACUGAAGAUAACAUCCCAUUUUCAGUCAGGGCAUUUUAUAUCCUAUAUAUCUGGAAGAAUGCACAGGACAUGACUAUCAAUUUGUAAGUUUAAAAAAAAAGAGUUGGAAUAUUAAUUGUAGUGUUUGAUAAGUAAAAAUAACUGAAUUUAGAUUAUUUAUAAUUGAUUAGAUAUCACAUAUUAACAGAGAUCCACCAAGUUUUUGCUGUCUGCCAGCAUUGAAGUAUGGCCAACAACUAGCGGAAUUUCUAAAUAUAUAUAUAUAUAUAUAUAUAUAUAUAUAUAUACAUAUAUAUAUAUAUAUAUAUAUAUAUAUACAUAUUUGUGGCCGGGAACAUAAGCUGUGGCAUAGUGCAAAGUGGGUUGUGGUGUGCCGAAGCAGACAUAUGGGUAGGCCUGUAAAUAGAGAGGGCCCACCAGGAUAGUGAUAUGAUAAAGAGGGGACUGGUGGGUUGGGCCAUCGGAGCUACUUUGCUUUGUUCAGGAUGUACAGAAGCUUAAGCUAAGCUCCUCAGAUGGUGAACUCAUAUUAUAUUCACUUGAGUGAUGCCAUAGCAACUGUUGUGGCCAAUAAGAAUUAGAAGCUCUUGAAUUCCAUUUUUUUUUCCCAAAUGGAAGACUAUCUUCCUUGGACAGCUCCUUUCAGAAUAGGAAGCCUAAAGGGACACUGUAGGCACUAUAACCAUCUCAUUAAAACACUUGGAGACCCUUGGUACGGUCUCUCCAGUCAGCGUUAAACCAUAUAAGAGCGUCUUAACAUCAAAUAAGGGUUCCUGGCCAUCCACAGCCAGGCUCAUACUGGAGCUAUAGCCAAGACAGAAAUGACACACUACCUUCUAACUUUGCCAAUUCAAAUAAGAAAUGGGCAGUGAUAGGCUGAAAGUGGUCUGCUGAUGCUCCAAGCAAGUCACAUCAGUCUAUUGUUGCCCAGACUUCUCAAUAAACUAAGCAGCACAGAGGGGAUGGGCUGCUGUGGACUCUCAUUUAGUAGUAAAACAUUUGAAUCGGUUUAACGCUGAACGGUAGGACGGCACCAGGGGGUUCCAGCCAUUAUAACUACUUCAAUGCAAUGAAGCCGUUAUAAUGACUACAGUGUCUCUUUAAUUUUACACACUGAAGCCAAACCACCUGAAGAAAUAUCAAAUAACAGAAGUUAUCUUGGCUGAGACCCUAAUUAGUCAUGUGGGGAAAAAUAAAAUGAGUACAGAAAGGAAAAAAAAAAAAGUUAAUAUUUGCUGUUCAUAUCUGCUUUGGGUGUUUUGUUGUUUUUUUUUUCCUUCUUUACUUUUUGGUCGACUAUAUUAAUAAGUGUGUAUAGAGUCAUAGUUGUUCAAUUCAAUGUGUAUUACAGUGUGCAAACUUUUAGUUACAGUGUUCUUAACCUGGGGAUUAAAAAGAGCAUUUUUAAUAUGUUUUACAUUACUCAAGGGUCAGUUAUACAAAGACUGGAAACCAAAUACCAUCAUCUGCUGCAACGUGGAGGCUAAAUCCAUGUGUUAAUAUAAAUAUAUAUAUUUGUGUGCUUAACAAGUAUACCAUUGCAUGAAUGUCUGUGCGCAUUUUGUUCAACAUAUCAUUUAGUUACCUGUAUGCUGUUUAUAACAUAAAUGUACCGAUAACUCACUGUUUUCCCCUUAUUAAUAUUGCUUUUUAUAUCCCUGUGUGAUUUUUUUUUGAGGAAAUAAAAUAAGGAAUAUUUAUUUUAUUUUAGGUUGGCAAAAAUUCACUGUUAUAUAUUUUUAUGGGGGUGAUGGGGUAGUGAAAAAAAGUUUUUUAAAAAAUUCAGACCAGCAAUAGGUGGCUAUGAUAGGCUGAGAGUGCUAAGAUGGCCCUCUUAGCCAAUCACCACUACCUAUAGCUGCUCUGGCUUAUGCUUCCCCGUCAUCACUGAUCACCAGAGGGGACAGACUGACAGACUCUUGUUUACCAUUAAAUUAUUCAAAAAUGUUUGAAGGCUGAAUGGAAGAACAGCUCCAUGCAAUUCCAGACACUAAAACCACUUCAAUUAAAUGAAGUUAAAGGUGCCUGGAGCCUCCCUUUAUCAACUAAAAUAAAAUGUGUAAGUCUUCGCUCCUCUGCAAAGUGACAACUCUUUCAAAAGUAAUUUAGGAAAACGUACAAAGUGGUUCUCACAGUCAGUGGACAUUAAUAAUGGCAAUGAGCCAAGAUGCCUGUAUGAAACUGCCAACAUUGUACUCCACAUGUGGGAGGAAAAUAACCAAAUUUGUACAAAGAAACUGGGUAACGCUACAUUAAAUUCAGAUCCGAUUCAUUUAUUAUUUUCCCUUUCUUUUUCAUUAAAUUAGGAAUUGCAAAGACUUGACAAGGGAAUGCAGGAGACCACUCCCUCUCCCCUACUACUUUAGCCCAUACCACAAUUGGGAAUUACUAUUGUAAUUCUGCAUAAUUCUUAUGUUUAAUAAACACCACAUAAAAAGGUACAUGCAGAGAUGGGAACCGCAAGUCCUUGAGAAGUAGAAUUCCAGGGAUUAUGCAAACAUACCCUACACAGGCAGUUAAAAUAGCAUUUCACAGUACUUGCAAUUUACUAACCAAAUGUAAUCCUGUUUCUCUAAAUUCCUUUGUUUAUAUGCAAAUUAAACUUUGUGCAAAGCAGAACUAGAUUAGUAAGAAAGCCAACCAUUAAGAGCCACUCUAUUGUGCAUUAAUUAUUAAAGAUCUAUUAUCUAUUGAACAUAAUCCAUAAAAAAACCACCUCACAUAUAAGGUUGAAAGGGCUCAUGGGUCCACCUCGGUUAUAAUCCAACAGGCAGCUGAUAAUUUGCAG